CCCGGCGUCGCCCGAAGUCGUCGAAGAAGAAGGUUAGGUUCGUAGCUGCAGGAAAGUCGAUGGGGGAGUCUCGUUUAGGGGCGGGGCGUGAGCAUGGGAUGGAAAGGGCAGGUUUUACCAGCGGGACGGACAUGCGGGAACAUCGUUUUGACCCGGCGUUGUACUCGCAUCUCCCCUCUUGCAAACAGCCCCUGCCAGACGAUAAUCAUUGGGAACCACCUCCGUCAACUCUUCCACUUGGAUGGGGGUCGACGCAGACUUCUUACAACAUGGUGGGGAUACCUCACCGUCGUGCCCGUUCCUUGGGUCCCAUGUCCACGCUCCUCGACGAAGUUCGCCAAGGGGGCGGACAUCCUCUCGAUCUUCAUCUAUCCCCUACAUGCAGCAUGCACGACUCGAGGACGCUGAUCGUCGACAACAACAGCGAUGGCCGGCGUCCCAUGACAGUUGCAACGGACGUGCCUACGAAGGGAUUGUCCAGCGCGUCAGUGAAUCGGCAACAGGAAGUGGCGAUGAAGGACAUUGGUGCGGCUGCUGCGGAUAGCGUGCAGGGGGGUGUGCCGGGUGGGAUGACGGCUGCGAAAUCCCCGCCUGUCAUGGAACGAAUCAUAGCACGAAUGUCAAGCAUGCGUGCGACGGGCCAUGGUGAACGGGGCGGCGUCGGGAACGUGGGUUGUGAGGAAGAGGGUGAAGUUGAUGGCGCCGACGAAGAAGAAUCGGAUAGUGAUGACGAGGAGGAGGACGGUGUGAAAGAAGUAACAGCUCGUGGGGGCAAGAAAAAAGCAGACAAUGGUCGUGGGAAAGGUAAGUCCAAGAAAGGUGGCGAGGGAGGGGGCGGGAACAGGAGGGGGCUGUGGGAUCUGAACGAAUCCCUCAUUCUUGUGCGGUGCAAGAGGAAUCAGGACUACCUCGCGAAUGUUGGCAGUAACUUCGCGCAGAUGAAGACGAAAGAGUGGAAGUGGACGGACAUAUCAAACCAGAUGAGGCAGCAAGGUGUCAUGCGAGACUGGGACUCGUGCAUGAAGAGGUGGGAGAACGUGAUUGGCCAUUACAAGAAAGUGCUUGAGAGGGAGGAGUCGGGUGUGCAAUCCUUCUUCACACUGACGGUGAGGCAGCGCAAGGACCUAGGGUACAAGUUCACGAUGGACCGGAUGUUGAAUGACGCCAUUGACGGGAUGCAUACGGACGUCGUCGUCACGCUGAGAGGGCGGAUCGCGGGGCGGACGGUCCUUUUCUACGAAAUGAGACACCACAGAGACAAGGACUGCGGACGGGCGUUCGAGUUCGUGAACACAGUCACGCGUCAUGAAGUGAGGCACUUCGAGGUAGAUGAGAACGGCUGCACUUGCCUGCGGUUCACCGCCGGUUAUGGUUUCGACCGCGGAUUGCUCACACAUGUUGUCGCUUUUGCGACGAAGGCCAGGGAUGCGAUUCCCGAUCGGUGGGAUUUCGUCAUUGAUGUUCUUGCCAAUCUCGUCAAUCUUCUUGUUUCCAACGUCGCGAUGGAGUUCGAUGAUCGCCUAGACGAGGCCGCUGCGUACAGGGUCCACGUGGACCCGCCACUAUACGGUCGUGAGUAUCUGCAUGGCGAGAUCGGGAUUGUUGUGGAUGGUUUUCAAUAGACACUGUACGUGACUUCGGGGAUGUGAAGAUCCUUCUGCGUUUCAGCGUGUACUGCACGGAGAGAGAGAGAGAGACAGAGAGAGACAGAGAGAGACAAAAGAGAGAGAUGCGGCAAAAGGACUGUGUUCGACGUCCAAACGUGUGACGAUGGAUCUAUCCGGAAGGUUUUCUUGCGGUCGUGGUGAACAACACGUCACAGGGUUGUAGAAGUGGACAGUCAAUCCUUCUUCCCCGCGCUUUGUUGCGGGUAGAGGCAAUCAAUGUUGCCGUGUUGU